CCCUCAGACACCGCCAAGUCGAACGCGACGCGCCUGCGCUGGUGGCAGCCCUCCACGGCCGGGGAGUUCGCCAGCAGUUGGUCCCUCGACGAGGUGUACAUCUCGAGCCUGGCGCGCGAGCUCCCCGCCUUCACGGCCCUGGACUCGGCCGCCCACUGGCUGCUCGCGCCCGGCGCCGCGGCGGAGGCCGUCUGCGGGCAGGCGCACGACAGCCUGCAUUUCAGUGGUCGCGAAGGCUACCGGUUUGCCGAGACUCCGGAUAUUCUGAUGAACGAGCACAGCUUCAUUCAGUUCACGAUCGCCAUGGGCUGCAAGGAGACUGGAUUCUGCUUCGAGGUGGAGGUCGAAUACUCGGUCGACCACGGGGCAACCUGGUGGCCCGUGCGAGGCCACUGCCUGCCCUCUGACCCCGACUGCACCGAGUAUUGGCCGAACUCCAGCCUGACCUCUGACCUGUACGCAACCCCGACGCAGGUCACCAUGCUCGUGCCUCCCCGCGCAUGGUCCGAACGCACCCGCGUCCGAUUCCGUCAGAGGGACGGCUGGCGACAACAGCACAGCUGGUCUCUCUCGCACGUGUACAUCGGCGACGAGUGCUUCCACAGGUGUUCCGCCAGGGGCUUCUGCGACGCCGGGGUGUGCCAGUGCCAGCAUGGGUGGUCAGGUAACAGCUGCGAGAGUCCUGAGCGCCCUCUGCCCACCUUCUUAGCGGAGGACUUCGAGGGCGCGGUGACCCCCGGCAGGUGGCGCAGGGUUGUGGGGGCGCUUGUCACUGACCACUGCGGGCCGGUGGGGGCUGGGUCGGCGCUGCACUUGGUUGGGGGCUGCAGCAGAUACCUGGAAACCGAGGACCUGGACCUGCGCGAGAGCCUGUUCGUGCAGUUCGAUCUUCGCACAGGCUGCCUGGACCCCGUGGCAGGGCGUGAGGCCGGGGGGGACCACGCCCUCCUGGUGCAGCUUUCGUGCGACGGGGGCGUGUCGUGGGCCACCGCCAAGAGGCUGCUCCUCGUGCACCAGCAGCCCACGUACGUGUGGCUGGAGAUCCCGCGGGCGCUGCGCUGCGAGGGCGGUCGCGUGCGGUGGUGGCAGCCGGAGCCGCAGGAGAGAAACCGCUUGGACUGGGCGAUUGAUGCGGUCUUCGUGGGCGGCAACGCCACGCCCCCCGACGCGCUCACCUACGCCCACCCCGAUGACUUGGUCCCGCCCACGUGGCUGAGGCGGUACAAUGGGCGCAUAGAUAAUUACUGUGACAACGACCUACCCAUGUACACCAUGAUGUCCACGGCCUCUGAACCUGCUCUUCUUCAAACCAGCGACAUACAGGUGGGAAUCAACCACUCUAUUAGCUUCCAGCUGGCUCUUGGUUGCGGCGCCACCUGGGACAACCAAGUGGUCCCCGUGAGACUAGAAUACUCGGUGGACUUCGGCAACAGCUGGCACCUGGUGAGGGAGGCGUGUCUUCCCGGGAACACCAGCUGCGCGGAGGUGGCGGACGCCUCUGUCUAUUACGCGCCGCUCAGAUGGCAUCGCUUUGUGUACCCUCUGGCGCACGUGGGGCCGGCCAGGUACGUGCGCUUCCGCUGGCUGCAGGCGCCCUCCCACGACGUCAGCGGCAGCCACCGCUGGUCCCUCCGCGACGUGUACAUCGGCAGGUCGUGCCCCAAGCACUGCCUGGGCCGCGGGUCGUGUCUGUUCGGGGCGUGUCGCUGCGACGCCCAAUACGCCGGCGACCACUGCGAGCGGGUCGUCGUCGAUAACGUGCCCUUCAUCCGUGACGAGUUCAGCGAGAGGGCCUUCCGGAGCCACUUCCAGCAGGUUCAAGGGGCGCUCAUUUCCGAGGGCUGCGGCGGGCUGGAGGUGCCGCCCACGGCCACCUUCCAGGGCGCCCACACCCGCCAGCUCCUCACCCAGCCCGUGGACACCCGCAGCGGCAAGUUCGUGUACUUCGUGGCCCAGAUCGGCAGCGCCCACGGCCACGGGGUGUGCGCGAGGGCGACCCAUCGGCAUCACAACGUCUUCGUGCAGUACUCCGUUGAUGGAGGUGUACGCUGGCACCUUCUGAGAGAGCUCGCCCACGAGAUGUACGUCUCCCCGCGCGAAGAGUACAUCGUCUUGCCCAGCCACGCCCGAAGCCCAGCCACUGUGUUCAGGUUCUGGCAGCCCCGCCUCCCUACCCCCCCGCCCGCCUGGUCCCUCGACGACCUGUUCAUCGGCGGCUCCGAGAUCAGCGCCGCCUCGCUCCUCGACCGCUUCGAGGGCGACCCCGCGGUGUCCGAGUGGCUGUUCGCGCCGCACAGCGAGGCCCACACCGACUACUGCUCCAGCGGCACCAACGGCUCCCUCGUGUGGGGCCCCGAGAGUCCGGGGCGGAGAGCCAUCACCACGCAGGAACUCAUCAUCACCGACGGCCACGUCUUGCAGUUUAAGAUCUCCGUCGGGUGCGGCUCCGUGGAGCAGGAGUGCCGGUACAGCCCCGGCGUUCGCCUCGAGUACAGCCGCGACGGAGGGGUGUCAGGCUGGGAUCUGGUCCGAGAUCUGUGCCUCCCUGGUACCUCCCCUGACCCCGACUGCCUGCCUUAUACUUUCCACUCGCAGUCGGUGUACUACCCUGAUACCCAUACCCGCUGGAUGAGGGUCACCAUUCCUUUGCCGGAGAAGACGUGGGCGAGCACGACGCAGCUCCGAUGGGUUCAGGAGGUCAAAGGUCAGGGCAGCACGGUGACCCCCUGGUCCCUGGACGACGUGUACGUGGGCGAGGCGUGUACCGAGCACUGCCGCGGCCACGGGGACUGCGUCGACGGAGUGUGUGCCUGCGACGCGGGAUACGAAGGCGAGUCGUGCGAGAUGGCGCCCUCUCGCUCCACGCCCUUGCCCACCAGCCUCGUGGACGGCUUCGAGGGCGGCGUGGGCGCGAACUGGCAGAUGGUGAGCGGGGGCGGCGUGGGCGUGGGCUGCAGCUCGCUCGCCCCCUACGGCCACGGGAGGCACCUGUACUUCUCGGGCUGCGGGACCAGGCAGGCCGUCACGGCAGAGAUGGACACCAGGAGGGCCAGCAAACUGAUGUUCGUCCUGCGCAUCGGGAGCCACGACCACGUCCCCUCGUGCCGCGUGGACCUGAGCGACCCCCAGCGCAGCCUGGACAAGGGCGUGAUCCUGCAGUACACGGCGGACAACGGCAUCACGUGGACCACGCUCAACGUGCACGACCCGCUCGAUUUCAGAAAGCCGCGCCGCGUCGCCUACAGCCUCCCGCCGGACGCCCGCAGCUACGGCGUGCGGCUCCGCUGGUGGCAGCCGGACCACGACGGCGCCAGCACCGACCAGUGGGCCCUCGACAACGUGGAGAUCGUGCUAGCGCAGAGGAAAGACACGAGCAAGUACAACAGCAAAGGUUUCCACGACAGUCUCUGAACCAGAAAAAUGUAAAUGCAUCAGCGACCUCUGACCUAUUUCAACCUCCUUUCCUUGUUGUGGGCGGUAGGGCAUGCUUUGUUCUUGUAUGAUGUGAAACCUUUUUUUUUAUUGCUUGUGUAGUUACAAUAUGCAUU